CGGACAAUCUUCAUCAAUCUCUGACUCCGUUGCACCGCUACCGCUUUCGGCAUCGCAGCAGCUUUAUGGCAGCUGGCUGAGUCACCGCAGUAGUGAGUGGAUCAGUUUAAACAUUAGCGGUAGACCAAAAUGAUACAGAGCAACGACGCGGGUUCAGCAGAGGGCCCAAAUACAUCUCCACCCAUUUGUCCUCUCUGUCUCUCUCUCUCUGUCUGUCUCUCUCUCUUUCGCGCUCUCUCUCUCUUUCUUUCUCUCUCUCUCUCUCUCUCUCUCUCUCUCUCUCUCUCUGUGUGUGUCGCCAGUAAAUUAUCACCGGAGGAGUGUUCGGAUCCACAUGGCUAUGUCGUUGACCUCUUCUUUAGCUUCUCUAAGAACAGAACAAAAGCCUUUUCUUUGCUUGACUGUUAAGUCAUGCCAAAAGAGACUUCGAUGAAAAGGAGUCGCGGGAUUAUAUGCUGCUUCCCAUCAAUACUACGUAACACAAGGUAUUGCCAUG